AUGAAGAGACCAGACGAGUUCCAGAUUUGUGGACAGCUCCUCCUGCGUCCGACGAAGACGGAGUGCCGAGCUGUGCAGCGAUUCCGUCUGGCAGACCUUCGACAAUAUGCUGAAGUCUGCCAUGUGGUGGGCUUGAGCUCGUUUUGCCCCUUCAAAGUUGACAUGUGCAUGUCAAAGGAGCAAGCUAGCGACGAGCCCAGGAAGGCCGCCAGUUUGGGCACCUUUGAGCUCCCGCUACCGCCAGUGGACAAAGAGCGCUUCAGGCGGCUGCAAGUUCUGGUGCAAGAGGAGAGGAAUCAUGGGCAGAUUGAGUUGUAUGAAGACCAACUGCAAGGUUGCAAGGUGGUGGGAAAACGAAUUUUCCGCUCGUGGACCCUGGGAAGUGCCGAGGAGUUCGCAGCGGCCCAUCCCGACCUGCUGGAGAGCCCAUGGAAGGAAGUGGAGAUCAGCCUUGUGCUGGGCUUGAACAAAGUCCAGGCGAAGCUCGGAGUGUGCAAGAGCUUCGGAGCCUUCCGAGAUGAAGAGGGCGACAUCCUGCUGUUCAUGGAGUACAUCAGCGGUGGCGACUUGCACGACUUGGCAAGUAGAUGCUCCACCAAACCCGGACCAGAGAGGGAGCGGAAGGUGUGGCCGGUGGUCCUCUCGCUGCUGCGGGGAGUCCGCUGCCUGCACGAUGCUGGCGUGGCUCACGGCGACAUUUCGCUGGAGAAUGCAUUGCUCGGGCCGGAUGGAGAGGUCAGGCUGAUUGAUUUUGCAGCUGCAGAAGCAGACCUGUGGGUGCAGGGCAUUCGCGGCAAGCCGUCUUAUCAGGCCCCAGAAAUGCACCAGUCUGGCUGCUACGAUGCGAGGGCGGCUGAUCUCUUUGCCUGCGGAGUCUUCGCCUACUGUCUCGCGUGCGCAGACUAUCCCUGGAAGUGUACCAGGCCGCAGCAGUGCCCUGCUUUCGAGUUCUUCAUGAUGCACGGGCUGACGGCCUGGGUCCAGGGACAUGAAAUUGGCGUGACUAGCACGCAUGUGCGGACCAUUGCGCACCAGUACCCAGAGGACACUGAAGCGGAGAUGGACUGCGACGAGAUGUCACGCGUGCUAGCAGCGAGAGCUUUCAGUGAGGACAGUCAGAGCCUACCCUUCAAGACAUGCACCAUGGACUCCUUCUUGUGCUUGCUGCUUACGACAUUUACCGCGGAGGCGAGCUUUUUUGACAUCUUUCCAGUGGUUGACCCGGCCCAGCAUGCAGUGUACGACGCCGAGUCACUGCAGAUCGUCGGCACCGCUCGUGUGGACGGCUUGCAGGCCAGCUUGAGCUCGCGAAGAUGGCGGCCAGUGCAGCUGUCAGAGGAUGGCAAGGAGCCGAGGGCGCUCAUGAGUGUCGGCAUUGGCGACUUCCGGAACACUUCAUCUGGACCGUACCGAGAACUUGCCAUUGCCUUCCCAGCCUGUGAAAACGAGGAUAUCGUGCUCGAUUGCGGAAGCUUCAUGCACUGUCAAGACAAGCUGCCGGCAUGUGCCCACACGUUCAUGUUCCGCAGCUAUGCCAGCAACGAGGCGGCUGUCCUUAGCGCGCGCUCGGCCGGAAUUUCCGCGCAGCUGAGUACCAGGUUCGAAUUUUCACUGGAGAAAGCCGGGAGAGGACACAUCUUGGCCUUCUCUGUCAUGGGGUCGGAAGAUGAUGAGCUCAUGCAGGGUAAAGUGGAGGACGGCUUAAGCCCUUUUUCUCCGAUCAAGCACCUCGAUGCUUCGGCCCCUCUCCCUGAAGAGUGUGCGAUGGCCGUCCACGAGGAGCUGGCUGCCGAAGCAAGCACAUUUCGCCACUUUCUCUGCUCUUUCCUUCGCAGCCUCGGCGGUGAGGACACAUGGCUCUGCAUCGCUGGUUGUUUGGCGGCCGCGGAACUUUGCAGCACCGCUGCCGGCAGCGUGCUGCUGGCGAGGUCCUGUGCCGCGAGCUUGCUUGAGCGAGCAGCUGCAACAGCGCUUUCGACGAAUGACGCGGCCUGCCUGCGCCUGGAAGAGAUGGAGACUUCCAUGGGCGAGGAAGACCUGCAGAAGGCUUUGAGCUGCUUGUCACAAGCCCAGCGUGCCGUACGAGACUUGCUUGUGUCGGCUGACGCGACUGGGCGCCUGGGCCUUGGCCUGCAGCGCUCUGCAGCAGUGGCUGGCCGAUUGGAGGAG